AUGUGCCCACAAGGUUAUACCUUCUACCGAACCUCUGUUUUCACAACUUGUUUGAAGUAUGUCUCAACGGAAGUGAAUUACAAGGAAGCAGUCAGCAGCUGUAAACAAGAUGGCGGAGAUCUGAUUCGAAUCGAUUCUCAGGAGAAAUUCGAUAUAUUUAAGAACCAUGCAGGACAGUAUGCAUCUUCUACUGCAAUCGAGGUCUGGGUUCAGGGUGAGAAGAUCAAUGGACAAUGGAAAUUUCAUGACGGUACACUGAUACCAGAUUUCUGUCCUUUUGUCGAGACGAAUGCGCCGGGCGAAGUCCAUAUCAGAUCUAGCAGUGAUCUGGACUAUAAAUGCGUGGACAUGUUGGAGUCUCGCUUGUUUCACUACAUGUGUGAAAUACAACAUUAUUAA